AUGAAGGCUGUUACCGUUCUCGCAUUCAUUUCCUCCUCUGUCCUCGCGGCCCCAGCGGCCGAAGAUGCUUUCUCCCUCGAAGCUCGUGCCAUUCCGUCUGUUGGUCUCGGCCAGCAGAUCCAGGCCGACACACAGAUCAACGACUGGGUAGUCUGGGAGCACGGCAAAACCGCAUGUCCGAAUACCCGUGCCAUUGCCCACCUCGUCUACAGCCCCUGCGGCAUCAAGUUCACGGCUCCAGGCAGCUCCGAGCGCGUCCAAUUCUGCUCCUGCAUUGGCGGGACAGGUGCGCCGACAGCCCUCUGCGAUGCGAACGGAAAAAAGAUCCGCGACUGCAAGACCAAGAACGACAAGAUCAACUGCCACAACGGCGUCCACGACAUUGUCCAGCACCGCUACUGCUGAGUAGCGUAUACACCGGGGUUAAAGAGGCUUAUAGGGCGGCGGUAACCACAUUCACACCCUACCAUCGAGAAAGGGGACAUGGG